ACAGUAAGAGGCCUCCUAACAGGAUGCAGUCACUGUAACCCUUUGAAACCUGGAAUACCACAGUUAACCUCUGAAUUGUACAGCAUGCAUGACACAGAAUCAAAAGCUGAACAGAUGGAGGAUAAAAUCUCCCAAAUAUCUACAGUUCCUCAGAUCAUCGUCACUCCUGGUAUAAGUCAAGAGGACGAAACUUUAAGAGCUAUCAUCUCGGAAGAAGCAAGCUCACAAUUCCACCAGAGGUUUUACAUUUCUUGUCCUCCAGAAGGAUUACUGAAUGCAAUAAUUACAAAUGGAGUUAUGCUCUUUAUGAUAUGGUGUGUAAUGUGGUCAUUGUCAGGCUCUGAAGUUCUACCUGGUGGAAAUUUAUUUGGACUGGUAAUUAUUUUUUAUAGUGCCAUAAUUGGGGGGAAACUUUUGGAAUUCAUUAGAAUACCUGCAGUGCCUCCACUUCCACCUCUUCUUGGGAUGUUAAUGGCUGGUUUUGUUAUUAGGAAUGUUCCAUCCAUCAGCAAGCACGUCCGAAUUCAUAACACAUUGUCUUCAACUUUAAGAAAUACUGCCCUUACCAUUAUCCUAAUACGAGCUGGGCUUGGACUCGACCCAGAGGCUCUGAAGAACUUGAAGGCAGCUUGUUUAAGGUUGUCUAUGGGCCCAUGCCUCAUGGAGGCAUGUUCAGCUGCUUUUUGUUCCCACUUCAUUAUGAAAUUUCCCUGGCAAUGGGGAUUUCUAUUAGGUUUUGUACUAGGGGCUGUCUCUCCUGCUGUCGUUGUCCCUUCCAUGCUGCUUUUGCAAGAAAAAGGAUAUGGUAUUGAAAAAGGCAUUCCAACCUUACUGAUGGCUGCUAGCAGUUUUGAUGACAUCUUGGCUAUCACUGGAUUUAACACAUGCAUGAGCAUAGUCUUCUCAACAGGUGGUGUAAUUAAUAAUCUUUUAUCCUCUUUACGGGAUGUACUUAUUGGUGUGCUGGCAGGAACUGUUUUGGGAUUUUUUGUGCAAUAUUUUCCAAGUGGAGAUCAGGAAAAACUUUCAAAAAAGCGAGCAUUCCUUGUUUUGAGUGUGUGUGUUUCUGCUGUUUUGGGCAGCCAACGUGUUGGCUUACAUGCAGCUGGAGGAUUAUGCACACUAAUGUUGACUCUCAUUGCAGGGACAAAAUGGUCCAAAGAAAAGAUUGGAGUUCAAAGAAUUAUUUCAACUGCAUGGAAUGUUUUUCAACCACUUCUUUUUGGUUUAGUUGGAUUAGAAGUAUCUGUUUCAUCUCUUGAAUCAAAUAGUGUUGGCAUUUUUGUUGCUACUCUGAGUUUGGCAUUAUGUGUUCGAAUUUUAGUCACAUUCACACUGAUGUGUUUUGCCGGUUUUACUUUUAAAGAGAAAGUAUUUAUUGCUUUAUCAUGGAUUCCCAAAGCUACAGUCCAGGCUGUAUUAGGUCCUCUGGCUCUAGAAAGAGCAAGAGCCUCUGCACCCCACUUGGAAUCGUAUUCAAAGGAUGUGAUGACACUAGCAUUUUUAGCCAUCUUAAUAACAGCUCCAAAUGGAGCUCUACUCAUUGGCCUGCUGGGGCCCAAAAUACUUAAACGUCAUUAUGAUCCAGAGAAAAUAAAACUGCAGUUAGCACAAGUGAAACAUCAUUAA